GGAAGGAAAAAAAAAAUACGCGCAGAGUUGACCCUCGACCUCAGCACCGUUUGUGUCCGAACCAAGACGCACACAGGACGGUGCGUUCACCCAACCUACCUCGGUGGGCCCCACUUUCCCCCCCGAACCGUAGCUUCGGAGUGAUCCUUUCGCCCCCCUCUAUAUAAUAGCGCCCUCGCGACUCACCUCAACGCGUGAGACUCUCGCUGGUGGAUAACGAAAUUUCUUAGACAAAAAACAAGGAUCAGAACCGUUGAAUCAAGUUGAGGAAGAUGGCACUAGUCUCUGGAGGAAGAUCAACACUGAACCCUAACGCCCCUCUUUACAUUCCUGCCGCGUUUCGCCAAGUGGAGGAUUUCUCUCCGGAAUGGUGGCAGCUGGUGACGACGCUGACAUGGUACCAUGACUACUGGCUAAGCCAGCAGCACGAUGAGGGAGCCUUCUACGGCGAGGACGACGGGUUUGAUGGCAAUGAUGUCGUUGAUUUGCUUCCUGAUUCGUUUGAUCUUGAUGCUGGCGAGGAUCUUUUUGAAGAGUUUAUAAGAUCUUCUGAAUCCCAAGAAGAAACUGGACCCAAAGUAACUGCAUGAGGCUUAGAGAUGAACCCAUUUAAAGAAUCUACCUACCAACCUAAGAGACUGGACCCAAGGCCUUAGCUUUAGGUCAGUUAGAUGAUAUGUUUGCAUCAUGUUAUCCGUAGCUUCAACUUUCUGUAACUUCUUGUAUAGGCAAAGGUUUCAAACCUUCAAUCUAUCCUUCUCUUGCUUUUGCCAAAAUGUUAUGGUGAAUAGGGAAGGAAAAAGAUGGAAAAAAAUGUGACUGUUUCAUGUACUGAUAUUGUAAAAGCUGCUAAAAGUAUUCAAAUUACAAAAUGUAAAAAAAAUGUAAAAUGACUUCUCUGUUGAGAUUUGUUUUCUUA